CCCUGGGCUUCCCAGCUAACUGUUUAGAGGGGCUGGUUUUUUAUUGGACUGCUUUCAGGUUCAAUUUAUGUGUGUGGUUGCCUGUGAGUGUGUGAUUGUGAGUGUGUGAUUGCCUGUGAGUGUGUGAUUGUCUGUGAGGGAGCGCUUGUUUGUUUGCAUGUGGAAUGUGGCGCUGUGCCCUGUCGGUGCGUUGUGUCCCGGGGGUAUUGUACACGCAUGUAAACAUGCUGACGCCAGGGUGGCAUACCUUACCUGGGUGCCUGUCUGGGAAUGGCGUUGUUUGGUCACACCUGGAUGCAGCAGGAAUGCCCACAACUGACUUCCUAAUCAGCAGCAUCACUGAGGUACUCGCCAGCUUUCCACUCUGGGGGCUGUGACUAACCUGGAGCUCUGGAGAGCGUGCUGAACGCUUGUGUGCUCUCAGUCACAAUGCAGGUCUGCAGUGUGCAGGUUUGUAAGAAGCACAUGUUCUAACCAGGGUUCACUUCCAAUUCCUUUUUAAAAUCUAUUCUCAAUCCCAGUUCCCUUUUAUUCGAUUCCAACACGUUGUUGAUCAAAAUAGCAACUAGCAGUGCUCUGUUAAAAAUGAGCUUCUCACCAUGGCAACAGAUUACUUGCAUUGAAGUCACUGUUAGUCAAUUAAACUGACUUCAAAUGCAAGCAGUUGAAGAAUCAUCAAUUAUUAUGGCUCUAAAUUGGGAAUUGAUUUUAAAAAGGAACUGGAAUUGACCCGACCCUGGUGAAGCCCGCUGCGUGUUCUGAUUUCCACGAGUGCACCUCGUCAUUCUUGUGAAUAAAACUUGUGCGUGUUUGGAAUGGUGCUCCUGUACAGGUAUUCAUAAUGAAUCUGGAGCGUCCCGUUCUGUUGAAUAAUCGUGUGCGUGUUUGGAAUGGUGCUCCUGUACAGGUAUUCAUAAUGAAUCUGGAGCGUCCCGUUCUGUUGAAUAAUCGCGUGCGUGUUUGGAAUGGUGCUCCUGUACAGGUGUUCAUAAUGAAUCUGGAGCGUCCCGUUCUGUUGAAUAAUCGUGUGCGUGUUUGGAAUGGUGCUCCUGUACAGGUAUUCAUAAUGAAUCUGGAGCUUCCCGUUCUGUUGAAUAAUCGUGUGCGUGUUUGGAAUGGUGCUCCUGUACAGGUAUUCAUAAUGAAUCUGGAGCGUCCCGUUCUGUUGAAUAAUCGUGUGCGUGUUUGGAAUGGCGCUCCUGUACAGGUAUUCAUAAUGAAUCUGGAGCGUCCCGUUCUGUUGAAUAAUCGUGUGCGUGUUUGGAAUGGUGCUCCUGUACAGGUAUUCAUAAUGAAUCUGGAGCGUCCCGUUCUGUUGAAUAAUCGCGUGCGUGUUUGGAAUGGCGCUCCUGUACAGGUAUUCAUAAUGAAUCUGGAGCGUCCCGUUCUGUUGAAUAAUCGUGUGCGUGUUUGGAAUGGCGCUCCUGUACAGGUAUUCAUAAUGAAUCUGGAGCGUCCCGUUCUGUUGAAUAAUCGCGUGCGUGUUUGGAAUGGCGCUCCUGUACAGGUAUUCAUAAUGAAUCUGGAGCGUCCCGUUCUGUUGAAUAAUCGCGUGCGUGUUUGGAAUGGCGCUCCUGUACAGGUAUUCAUAAUGAAUCUGGAGCGUCCCGUUCUGUUGAAUAAUCGUGUGCGUGUUUGGAAUGGUGCUCCUGUACAGGUAUUCAUAAUGAAUCUGGAGCGUCCCGUUCUGUUGAAUAAUCGUGUGCGUGUUUGGAAUGGUGCUCCUGUACAGGUGUUCAUAAUGAAUCUGGAGCUUCCCGUUCUGUUGAAUAAUCGCGUGCGUGUUUGGAAUGGUGCUCCUGUACAGGUAUUCAUAAUGAAUCUGGAGCGUCCCGUUCUGUUGAAUAAUCGUGUGCGUGUUUGGAAUGGCGCUCCUGUACAGGUAUUCAUAAUGAAUCUGGAGCGUCCCGUUCUGUUGAAUAAUCGUGUGCGUGUUUGGAAUGGUGCUCCUGUACAGGUAUUCAUAAUGAAUCUGGAGCGUCCCGUUCUGUUGAAUAAUCGCGUGCGUGUUUGGAAUGGUGCUCCUGUACAGGUAUUCAUAAUGAAUCUGGAGCGUCCCGUUCUGUUGAAUAAUCGUGUGCGUGUUUGGAAUGGUGCUCCUGUACAGGUAUUCAUAAUGAAUCUGGAGCUGCGGCUGCAUUUAACAAGCGUCGGGGGGCUCUGUUAAUUUAGUUAGUUUAUCAGCGUUAGUUUGUCUGUUAUUUUAUUAUUAUUCUUUAUUAACACACAC